UUGUCUGAUGUCCUCAUCUACAUGAGGCCGAGAGUGAGGACGCCAUGGUCGAGCGGCAAGGGGCGGGGCCAAAGCGGUGGGCGCCGGGAAAUGAUGUCGAUCUCCCGCCGAAGUGUCUACAAGGAGAACAAAAUGAAAGAACACCCGCCGAAGUGUCUACAAGGAGAACAAAAUUCUCCCGCCUCUCCCUUUCUGACCGAUCGUCGGAUUGCACAGCUGACUAUCAACAUCAUACCACCAUGGACCGUCUGCCAGAGGAGUUGCUCGCAUUGAUAUGCGAGCACUGCGAUCAUGCUACUCAAAAGGCUCUUCGCCUUGCUAGCAAGCGAUUGCAUGAGGCCAGUACUCCGCUCGUGUUCGAGCAUUUUUACAUGGGACUCUUUAAGUAUGGCCUCCUAUCGCUGCAAGACAUAGCGAAAUCUCCACUGGCAAAGCAUGUGAAAGAGCUCACCUGGUUUCCCGAUAUCAUCCCGUCUUGGACCAAGGAAAGCUACGAAAAGGCAAUCGACAUGAGGCCCAACUUCAGCCUUUGGUUACGAGGGCGAAAAUCACAGAUUCAAGAGGGCUACGAGGGUACUGGCAUCACAUCUCGUCUGUAUCCAGGAGAUCCUCGAAGAGAGUACGAAGCUCUCCCGCGUCACAGUCUCACAAAAGCCGAGCUCGAUGCCGGGUGGGCCACCUUCAAUCAAUGCGCUGGGCAGCAAGCUCGAUGGUCUCAAGACAGAGAGGGACUGUUGUUCAAGGAGUGCAUUUCUCUACUACCAAACCUCUCCAAGGCUCAUGUGCAGUGCGCGGUCCCUUUCUCAGGUCGCACGAACGAUUGGCCAGUGUGGAAGAAGUUACGACGCCACAUCUACGUGGGACCCGACGAUUUCGUGUGGAGGCAGGAAAUGGACGAGCCUGACUAUGCACAUAUGUCUGGUCAAGCCGCGUUGUGUCUCCUUGAAGCUCUUGGAUAUCGUGCUUCAUUUGCGGGCACCAAGCAGGUCAAGUAUUUGAGUGUCCACUCGUCGCAUCUUGAUCCAUACCUCAGUCUGAUGAACGAAAGCGCUUCUAAUACCACCAUUCGAAGAUCUCCGGCCCACGCGACCAGGUACCAGACGCUUCUCGAAACUUUCCGUCACUUGACUACGCUCCAUCUGCAUAUUCCGCAUGCUACCGUCAGUGCUCAUGUCAGUGGGUUCGGUAUGGCUGUCGAGACUAUGGAAUUCUUGCGGUCUGCGAGGCACUUGAGAAAGCUGGACUUGCGAUUCGGCGACGAUGAGAUGAGUCCAGACGACGAGUCGGACUCACAGCUUGAAGACCUUUUUGACUCAGACGAUGUCCUGUUUCCAGAACUACAAUCUGCGGCGCUGGCGACCAACUUGCCGGCCGAGAUUCUGCUCAAAUUCCUCAACAACCAUGCACGCACACUCCGAAGACUGGAGCUCCGUGACAUGCUCGUACACAACGUUGAUGGCGCAAUCGAGCACAUCCCUCGGGUUCUGAAGCUGGACCAUGUUUACGUGGAAUGCUUGUGGGAUGAUGCUUCAUGCACGGAAGGAGAGCGGAGGUAA